AUGCGUUAUUUUCUGUCUUUCUUGUCAUUGGUUUUCUUUUUUAUUUCCAGGGACGGUUGUGAUCGUCGGUCUUUUGUUUUGUGGUCUGGUCUUGGUCGCCUUACUGCUUUCUUCCAUUCUUUUCCCUUCUCUCUCUCUCUCUCUCAUUAUCUCUCUUGCACACUCUUUAUAUUUUCCUUUUUCAUUCAUUCAUUCAUUCAUUCAUUCAUUCAUUCUUUCUUUCUUUCUUUUUCUUCCUUUCUUUUUCUUUCCUUCUUUCUCUUUACCACUCUCUCUACCACUCUCUCUCCCAUCUCCUCUCUCUCUAUCUCUUAUCUUCUAUUUUUCUUGCCUGAGAAUAUUUCUUUCUUUCUUUCUUUCUUUCUUUCUUUCUUUCUUUCUUUCUUUCUUUCUUUCUUUCUUUCUUUGACACUCUCUGUAUAUCUAUAUGUUAUCUACUACUUUUCUUGUCCGAGAAUACUCUUUCUUUCUUUCUUUCUUUCUUUCUUUCUUUCUUUCUUUCUUUCUUUCUUUCUUUCUUUCUUUCAUAUGUAUUUAUUGUCUAACAUGUGUUUCCUACCAGAAACCCUUUUCUUUUCUAUCUCUGUCUCUCAUUAUCUUUCGCUCUAUUUAUCAGUCUCUGUCCCUGUCCCUGUCUCUGUGUCUGUCUGUCUGUCUGUCUCUGUCGCUCUCUCUCUCAUUUUUAACAUUUUUCUUUCUUUCUCUCUCCAUCUUUCUCUCUCUCUCUCUCUCUCUCUCUCCCACCAUCACGUUGUCUCUGCUUCUCAUUUCCCUAUCUUAUUCUCGCUAUUUCUGUAG